AUGUGCCGCGAAUACACAAUAGGCAACUGCUGCGGGCACUUCCGCACAGAGACCCGCUACUGCCACACAACCUCACCCUGCUACUCUCAAACAAGAGCCGAGGUCGACGUCCGUCACCUCUGCCAAGAAUGCAGCACCAGCCCUCUCGCCCACACCCCAUCCAGGCUCUUCUCCCGGUUCUCCGACGUCAAAGUCAACCUCCUCAAAGCCAAAGCCGGAAUCGAGGAGACCUGUAUCCGCGCCUCUUUGCUCGUCGAAGGACACGUCCCGAUUCCCGAAGGCAAGGGCGGACCGUUCAUCGGCCGCAUCACGAACGCAGACGAUGAAGUACUGGGCGACGUGCAGGAUUAUGUAGAAGCCGUGAUGCUGCAGCGGAUUACCUCUGCUUCUGAAAGUCAAGCCGAGUUAUUCCGCCUACUGCGACUGAUGAAAAACCUUGGCAGGGUUCUCGAACAGGCCCACGUUGAUGGCAUCGAGGAAGCAUUCUUUGUCUUCAAUACUGCACUUGACCAACAUGUCGGGUGUAUUCCAGGAAUCGAGUUCCCGUGGCGGGCACUUUGCAUGCCUGUUGACGUUAUGGAUUUGGAUAGGGAUGAGAGGGAAUGUCCGGUAUGCAUGGAGAGUUUUGUCGCGAAGGAGGACGAAGAUAGGGAAGAGGAGAAGCCGGUCGAGUUACCGUGUGGUCAUGUUUUUGGGAAGCGGUGCUUGGCAAGGCAUUUUGUGCAGAUGCGGGUUAGUUGUCCGCUUUGUAAUAAGCUGUUUGAUCCGGACAAUUAUCUCGCAGAAAUUGAGGAUGUCGUUAGUCCGUGGUGGAUGACGUAUAUUAGAGGUGAGGCUGUGGCUUGA